GGCGCCGGUGCCGUCUUCUGUAAAAUACGGCCUUGAUCAAAUAUGCAUCGUUGUUCGAAUCUUUAUUGUACUUUAGGUCCAUGAAGACAAAACAACAGUCAGGGUAGCCUUCAACAUGGCGUAACCUAAUCUUGUUUGUGACUCUAAAACGAAAGAGGAAAUUUUUUAAAUCGACGUGAGCUUAGUUUGAGUUCAAGAAUGAAUGUUAACCUUUUUUUCGUAUUGGCGUGGAACGUCCUUGUCAUCUUUAAGAUCUCAACAGUUUCUAGUGCCUUGAAAAGAGCUCUAAAAGCUCAGAACGCCGAGAGCAGGUUUCUCAUCGAAAGAAUUGGUUUGAAAGCCGCUUAUUCCAUCAAACCGCCUCACAUUAAGUCAUCACCUCUGGAGAGAAGACGAAAGCAACACUCAAAAGAAAAAUCUCACUUUCAAACAUUAUCCGGUCAUGUGGGAGUAAAGAGGCAAUUUAAUACACAAAACAGUUUGAUUCCACGACCUUUUGAUGUAUCUUCAGUGAAAGCCUGUAAAACCCAAAUAGAUCUUGGAUUCCUCAUAGACGGCUCUGGAAGCAUAGAGAUGUACGGGAAAGGGAAUUUUCAAAGAUGUUUGGAUUUUGUGAAAUCUCUUACGAAAGCUUUUGUCGUUUCUCCCACGGACACAAGAGUUGGAGCAAUUGUAUUUUCGUCUCGAAGUGAACUUCAAUUUGACUUCAAACAAUAUAGCACGCAGCAAGAUUUAGAAGCUGCGAUAACUCGCAUAAAAUAUCCAGGUUACAGGACAAAAACUGGCGCCGCACUCACAAUGGCAGCAGACAAACUAUUUAAUGACGUUAGACAAGGCGUGCCACGCGUCCUUGUUGUCCUAACUGACGGCGCAUCCAACGACGACGUAGUUAAACCGUCCGAAGAACUUAGAAACACAGGGGUGGUUAUAUUCUCUGUUGGCCUGGGGACACAUUUUAGAUUAGCACAACUAAAUGCGAUGGCAAGUGAGCCAAAAGCGGAACACGUGUUUACAGUUGAUUUCCCCCGAAUGGACACAAUAGUUACAGCAAUGCAGAAAACGUUGUGCAAAGCUGCUGUAAAGGCUGCCGCCGAGGGAACAAUAAGAGACUUGCAGAGGGAUUUCAUGAAGAGCCUUGCCAACCGACGAGGUGGUGGUUUUUCAAUGUCUCAGACCACUACUACAAGUGGAGGCAGCUCCUCGGGAGGAAUGUCUGCUGGAGGUGGUUCUGUUUCUGGUUCCGUUCAUGGAGGCUCUGCUAGUGCAUCAGGUGCAGCCGGAGGCGGCGCUGGGGGAGCUGCUGGUGCCUCGGGAGGAGGAGGAUGUGAUCUUGCCUUCAUGGUGGAUAUUUCAUCAAGUAUUGGUGGCGAUGCGAACUUUCAACUCGUCAUGAAAUUUGUCAUUAGCAUUUUUCACUCAUUCACUCUUGGCGGUGGAAUACGCUAUGGUCUAGUCACGUUUGGAAGCAGUGCUAAGGUGGUCUUUGGAUUUACCCAGUAUUCCUCAAUCUCAGAGAUAGACUCGGCAGUUGGCAGUGUCACAUUAAUGAGCGGUGGCUGUACUGCAGGUGCUGCACUUUCUCAGUGCAAGUCAUCUCUCUUCGAGGGUGACGCCGGAGGGAAGGCACGUGUCCUGAUUGUUCUAAUUGCUGGAAGUUCUACUGAUGACGUUUCAAGCGCCGCUAGCUCAUUGAAAACAGCCGGAGUCAAAAUAAUUGCUGUUGGAAUGGGCAGCUCAUUUGUUCAGUCACAACUUACUUCCAUGGCAUUCUCUUCAUCCUACGUCCUUACCGCCGCUUCGUAUGGAGGUUUAGCUGGCAUUACCGGAAGCAUUACCUCACUAAUAUCUCAAGCCGGCGGCAUUACCGCUAGUGGAGGUGCCGGAGGUGCCGGAGGUUCCUGUGAUCUGGCCUUCAUGUUGGAUGCCUCGGACAGCAUUCAAGGGGAAGCAAACUUCAAGUUGUGUAUUGAAUUCAUCUUGGUAAUAUUUCGUGCCUUUGGUAUGAGUGGCGGUAUACGCUUUGCUUUAGUCCUAUUUGGAAGUUCAGCUCAAGUUGCAUUUGAUUUCAGCAAAUAUUCUUCAAUCUCUGAAGUUGAAACGGCCCUUGGUCAGAUUAAACUCGUCGGAGGAUCUUGUGCCGCGGGAGCGGCGCUUUCCACAUGUCAAUCGUCUUUGUUUGCAACUGGGGCGAGUGUUUCUGCGCGCCUUCUUGUAGUAAUGAUGGCAGGAAAAUCAACAGACUCCGUCUCAAGCUCAUCUGGUGCACUGAAACAAAGUGGUAUUAAAAUCCUAUGUCUUGGAAUGGGAGGAAGCGUCGAUGCGGGUCAGAUGAAAGAAAUGGCUUCCUCCGCCGAGUAUUUUGUCUCAGUAGGAUCGUUUGCAGAACUCUCUGGGUUCUCGCAGCAGUUUAUCAGCUUAAUUGGAUCAGCUGGAGGAAUUUCAGCCAGCGGAGCAGCUGGAGGAGCCGCCGGUGCAGCUGGAGGCGCCGCCGGAGGAGCAGCUGGAGGUGCCGCCGGAGGAGCAGCUGGAGGAGCAGCUGGAGGAGCAGCUGGAGGAGCCGCCGGUGGAACAGCUGGAGGAGCUCUGGAGGAGCAGCUGGAGGAGCCGCCGGAACAGUUGGAGGAGCCGCCGGUGCAGCUGGCGGUUUAA